GAAGGCUUGUUUCUCAUGUCUUUUCCUUCCCUCAGCUCUGACUCCUCUGGCUCCUGCCGGUCCCCAAGGAAGGACCCCACGGGAAGGAAGGAGAAGGCAAUGGCUGCUGGGCCGUCACCACUGAGAGCACAGACUGGAAGACAAGCCUUCAAACCACAGAGUUGGCUACAAAGCCCAGCGUUACUGAAGAUCCGUCCCACGGGGUGAUGAUGGAAAGGGCGAGUCCCUGGCCUUCUGCUCUGGGGGAAGCCUGGGAACCAGACCAUUGGCUUGAGGGACAACAGAAAAACCAGGACGGACAUCGGGACCACGUGCAAGUUACCCACAAGGAAACCCUCACUGAGAGAAGGACGUGUGGAGGUAAUGAACUUGAAAGGUGUUCCAUUCAGGGUUCAGUCACGGAUACACAACAACCUAUCCCUGUGGGAAAAAGUCCUCGCAGGCAGAACUCACAUGCAAAAGACACUAAACAAAAUGCUGGGUUAAUUAAGACUCCAAGGACGUUUGCAGGAAAAAAAAUCUAUGAAUGUAAUGCAUGUGGGAAAACCUUCAGCCAGAGUUCAUCCCUUCUUAAGCACCAGAGGAUUCACACGGGGGAGAAACCCUAUAAGUGUAACACAUGUGGGAAGCACUUCAUUGAACGCUCCUCCCUGACUGUGCAUCAAAGGAUUCAUACUGGAGAGAAGCCCUACAAAUGUAAUGAAUGUGGGAAAACCUUCAGUCAGAGCAUGAACCUCACUGUUCAUCAGAGAACUCAUACUGGAGAGAAACCGUAUCAGUGUAAAGAGUGUGGAAAAGCUUUCCGCAAAAAUUCAUCCCUUAUUCAGCACGAAAGGAUUCAUACUGGAGAGAAGCCCUACAAAUGUAACGAGUGUGGUAAAGCUUUUACCCAAAGCAUGAAUCUCACAGUGCAUCAGAGAACUCACACGGGGGAAAAACCCUAUGAGUGUAAUGAAUGUGGAAAAGCCUUCAGUCAGAGCAUGCAUCUUAUUGUACAUCAGAGAAGUCAUACCGGAGAGAAACCCUAUGAGUGCAGUGAAUGUGGGAAAGCCUUUAGUAAGAGCUCAACCCUCACCCUGCAUCAGCGGAAUCACACUGGGGAAAAACCCUACAAAUGUAACAAAUGUGGGAAGUCCUUUAGCCAAAGUACAUACCUCAUAGAGCAUCAGAGACUUCAUUCGGGAGUAAAGCCUUUUGAAUGCAAUCAGUGCGGAAAGGCUUUCGGUAAGAACUCAUCUCUUACUCAACACCGGAGAAUUCAUACUGGAGAGAAACCUUAUGAGUGUCCAGUGUGUGGAAAACAUUUCACUGGGCGAUCAUCGCUGACCGUACACCAGGUUAUUCACACUGGGGAGAAGCCGUAUGAAUGCAGCGAAUGUGGGAAGGCCUUCAGCCAGAGCGCUUAUCUUAUUGAGCAUCAAAGAAUUCAUACCGGUGAGAAGCCCUAUGAAUGUGACCAGUGUGGGAAAGCCUUCAUUAAGAAUUCAUCCCUGACAGUGCACCAGAGGACUCACACAGGAGAGAAGCCCUAUCAGUGUAACGAAUGCGGGAAGGCCUUCAGUCGGAGUACGAACCUCACGCGGCAUCAGAGAACUCACACGUGAGGAGAGCUUUCCUGGGACCCUUCACUGUGGUUAACUCUCCAGUGAUAACCCCAUUAGGUCACGUGAUGGAGAAACCUAGUGAAUGUAACGAUCGUUGGAACCUCUUAGGUGAAGUACAACAUACCAUAUCGGAGAGGACAGGCCACCGCAGAGAAGCCGUAUAAAAGUGGAGAAACCUUGAUUGAGAAGUGAAAGUAGGGUUCAGACAGCUGAUGCUGUAAACGAGGGCCAUUCAUGCGGAAGGUGCAUUCUGCCGUGUCAUGCUGCAGAUUCUUCUCUGGGCAGUAGGGACUUCACACUGGAGAGAAGAAUGGGAAUGCUUAACUGGGCAGCCCGGAGGCCUGACAUGUCGUCCUGGUCUGCCGCUGACUUGGACAAGUCACCUGCUUUCACCAAGUCCCAGUGUCCUUAUUUGGUAAAUGAGAGACUUUUUUUUUCAGAAGGCUCCGAGAUCCCUAUCAGCUCUAAAAUGCUACAAACCUAUAAAUACAAUGAAUGCUGGGAAA